AUACGCACGGCUUUAAAUACAUCACACAAAACUGAGACUUUGCCAUUUCGUGUGACAAUUUAUUACUCGCCAUGUAUAAUCGAACAGAAAUUUCAGUAUCCGUCCACGCCGCUAAUAGACAGGUACCUCUUUGUAUCUGCUAAGCCACUAUAAUAGGUGUACUAUACGGCUAUAAACAAGAAUUCAUAGUGUAUAGAUACUUGAAUAUACUUCGGCUGCGGCAGAGAUCUUUAUUUUUAUACACUUAAUGAAUCUACGUACGUUUGUCAAUAAAUAUCGAAGAAAUCGUGUUGCUGACACGGGGUACCAUCUUAAUCUGACGACGCACUUAAGUACGAACUCUUUGCGUAGUAUAAAUAGAUAUAUCAUCCAUAAUGUAUAGUAGCUACGUUAACCUGCAAUAUUCAAAAUUGGUCAUUAAGUAGAGUUAUAAAAUAUCAAUAGGAUUGCUUUUUGCGACACCGCAAUUAUUACAGUGAACAAAAUACACGCUUCAGGGCCGCCCACUCGAUAUAAUUGGUAUUGAUAUGGACGAUAUCAACGACUGCGUAAAGAAAUAUCUGUCCCAAAGUGGCGUGAAAGACUAUGGCGGAUGGACGAUCUGCGCUGGGUCCGCAACGGUGGCCGGUCGCGGCGUCGUGGCCACCCGGGACUACAACGCGGGCGACGUGAUAUUCGUGGACGUGCCGCUGAUCGUUUCGCCGAGAGCGAUAGGCCCGGACGGCACCGGAAGUCCGGUGUGUCCGGUGUGCUACGCGGCGGUAACGACGCCGAUCGGAUGUCCGGGCGGUUGCCGGUGGCCGGUGUGUGGGCGUCAGUGUGCCGACCGGCCCGAACACCGAGACGAGUGCCGGUACGUCCGGCAGCUGCGUCCGAAGGUUACCAAUAAGAGCGACGGACAGACGUGGUCGGUGGGCAUUUACAACGCGAUAACGGCCGUCCGAGGACUGUCGAUCAGGCGCGGCGAGUAUAAGUACUUCCUGGACGUAUUGCAAAAGAAAUUGACGGAAAGACCCACGUUCGAGGUAGAAGAAUUGAAAAGAAACAUAAGUAUGCAAUUAGACGAAAAUGAUGAACAAAUAAUGAUAACUACUUGUAAAAUAAUGGAUGCUAAUUGUUUUGAAACAAUUGUAAAUCGUUAUAAUAAAUCAAUAAGUUUGAAAGGUCUAUAUCCUGUAGCAUCAUUUAUGAACCAUAGUUGUGUUCCAAACACAAUGCAUAAUUUUGAUGUAAAACUUCAAAUGAUUGUAAAAGCUUCCUUACCGAUAUAUAAAGGACAAGAAAUUACUACUAAUUACACAAAUUCAAUUUGGCCUACUUCACUACGACAGCAUCAUUUGUUAACGUCAAAACAAUUUAUUUGCACCUGUAGCAGAUGUUGUGACUCAGAAGAAUUUGGAACUGAGUUAGCAGCGUUGAAUUGCAUAGUUAAAAAUUGUGAUGGGCGCAUUUUACCAAUCAAUCCAUUAAAUAAAAUGUCAAUUUGGCAAUGCAAGAUUUGCACAAAAUUAGUAACAAGCGCUGAAAUGAUAUGUUUCUAUAAAGAUAUCGAAACUAUAACGAAGAGCAUAAGUGUGUUCUGUCCAAAAAGCUUUGAAGCAAUUUUAAAGUCAUUUAAUAUUCAUAAAAACAGUCCAUAUGUAGUUGAUUUAAGAUUAAAAUUUAUAUGGAAAUCGAAAAAUAAUAGUUUAAAUCUCGAACAAUUGCUUUACAAAGAAAAAUUAUGUGUGGAAAUAUUGGAUUUAGUGCAAAAACUAAGAUUAGGUCAAUGUCGAUUAUUAGGUUUAAUAUCUCAAGAGCAUCAGAAAGUAAUUAGUGAAAAAGCGUAUCGUUUCCGGAGAAAGUGGAACACAAAAACAUUGAAUGUUUUCGAAGAACAAAUACGUAAAUUGAAAGAAAUAUAUUCUAGUAUUUUGGAUGAAGAUGUAAACUUGAACACCAAUACUAUCCAAUAAUUUUACUAUUCGAAUUAAGGUAUUGUCAACUAGAUAUUGAAUCUAAAACUUUUUGUGUAAAGUUGUGUACAUCUUAAAUUAAUAAUUAAAAUUGUUUUAAAUUUAUAAUACAGUAUAAUAGUAGGUAAGCACCAAUAUUUUGUUUUAAUUGUCAUCAGUGUCAUAUUAAAAUCAAUCUUAUAUUCUUAUGUGAUAUUUUAUCAGCCUCUUCUUUAAUAUAUAAUAUUUUAUGUAGAAAUAUUAAUUACCUACUUACUAAUAACCACAAAUAGGUAACUAUAAAUACUUAUAUCCUAUAUAUUUUUUAUAGCAAUAAGCUCAUACGGAUGUCUUAAUAUACGUCUUAUUAUACUUACUUUUAAUGUCUAUAUCGGCGUAUAUAAAUAUCAAUAUUGUAUGGGACAUACAAUAUAUCCUUAAUUGUUUUUUUCAAUUAUUUGUAAGAUCAAAAACAAAAUUACAUACCUAUUGAGUAUUGAUGUUGAGCAAUAAUAAUUUCAACAGACACUAACUGAGCUCGGAAGUUCUGACUAAAACAUAAUUUUUUUUUUUUGUAAGUCAUAGAACAGUUAAAGUAAGAUACAAUUUUGUUACACACUUUCUUGGUAUAAAAUAAAAAAAUUAAUUUUGCUAAUUCGUGAAUACUUGCUGUUUGUUUUUUUGUGCUAUUUUGCUAAUUUAAAGUUUUAAAUUCUAUUGAUGGUCAUAUUUUUAUACAUAAUAAAGGAAAUAAACAAUAUAAAAUUCUAAUAAAGUUUAUACAAAAACAUGUAUUUUGAUAUUUUAAAAUAAGUACUUUUCGGUUGUUAUUACCUAUGAGUUAUGACCUAAGAUAUCGGACAAUGUAUUCUAUUAAUUUCCAAUAAUUUGGUUAUUUUAAAAAAAUUUCUCAAAAGAAUUGUAUUGCAAUCAUCGAAUUCGUCGUAC